AUGGCGGAAAGCGAGAGCUGCAACGGCGCGUCGCAGCCGCAGUCAGACACUGACACUUUGAAAUUAUCUGAAUUACUCGACCGUGGCUGGAAAAUAUUCGAAGAGGUGGACAGUACGAGCGAGCCUCUGGGCUCCAACAGCAUCCAGGUGAGGGUUAAACGCGGCGUUGGCAUGCUGGAAGAGGCGUCCAGAAUGGUGGCUCAGCUGGAUCUGUUCAGCCGCAACGAGGAGCUGGAGGAGGUGGCCACGGCGGACCUGCGGUACCUGCUGCUGCCCGCGCUGCUGGGGGCCCUCCACAUGAAGCAGACCAGCAGGGAAAAACGUCUGGACACUAUCCGGACGGCCCGGGCCUACUUCGCGGACUUCCUAAAGAGGUGUCACGAAUACAACGUGGCGCAGUUCCAACUGCCGCCGGACGCCCCCGAGGAAAGCGGAGCUAGCAAGGGAGCCCCUGAAAAUGGAUGCCCCAAAGCCAAGCCUGUAAAUCCAGCCGACCUGGUUGCCAUGGCAGCACAGAGGCAGUCGAAGAUCGAGCGGUAUCGACAGAAGAAGGACAUCGAGGCCAAACUGUCGGACGCGAAGAGGGUCGUGGAGAGCGGGCAGGCCGACGACGAGGUCAGCAGAGAUUUUUACCUCCUCAACGUCCGGAGGUGGGUCACGGUGUGUCUGGAGGAAAUAGAGAGCAUCGACCAGGAGGCGGAGAUCCUCCGAAACAUGGACAUCCUGAAGCCGGGCGCCAAGCAGCCCUCUCAGCCGGGCAGGCGACCCAUGAAACCCUUCAUCCUCACCAGGGAUGCUGUUCAGGCUCAGGUGUUCGGGGCGGGCUACCCCAGCCUCGCCACCAUGACGGUGGACGACUGGUACGAGCAGCACGCAAAGCGCGGCGCUCUGCCCGACCAGGGGAUCCCCAGGAGGGCCGCCGCCGCGGAGGGGGAGGGGGAGGAGGACGCCGACCCCCAGGACAGGGAGGAGGAAGAAAAAGAGAAGCGGGUCGAAAACGACGACGAGGAGGCUCUGCGGAAGGCCAGGGAGUGGGACGACUGGAAGGAGGAUCACCCCAGAGGUUACGGAAACCGCAAGAACAUGGGCUCAGGUGUUCGGGGCGGGCUACCCCAGCCUCGCCACCAUGACGGUGGACGACUGCACGCAAAGCGCGGCGCUCUGCCCGACCAGGGCAUCCCCAGGAGGGCCGCCGCCGCCGCCGCCGAGGGGGAGGAGGACGCCGACCCCCAGGACCGGGAGGAGGAAGAAAAAGAGAAGCGGGUCGAAAACGACGACGAGGAGGCUCUGCGAAAGGCCAGGGAGUGGGACGACUGGAAGGAGGAUCACCCCAGAGGUUACGGAAACCGCAAGAACAUGGGUUAA